CUGUUUUCCAUCCCAUGUAUAAAGCAAAAACAGCAAAGCUGAGUCGACAAAAUACACCACCAACACUGAACAGUCUCUUUCUUCUCUCUCUCUCUCUCUCAAGAAGUUGAAAUUCAAAAAGUAAGUCUUAUAAUAUAAUACACUCCACACCAGCACCAACACCAAUAACAGCACAAUUUUCAAGACUCACGCGCCGCCCCACCGCCGUCACGCGCGGCCUUUAUGAAUUAUCGCCGCCAUGGGCGGAGUCACCUCCUCGAUCGCUGCCAAGUUCGCGUUCUUCCCGCCGCAGCCGCCCUCUUACACGGUGGUCGCCGCCGAGAGUGGUGCAGAAUCUGGGCCGCCGAGGCUUGUCAUUCCCGAGGUGCCGAUUAAGGACAACGUGGACGUGCUCAAGCUUCGGACGCGCCGAGGUAACGAAAUCGUGGCGGUGUACGUUAAGUACCAUAGACCCACCUGCACCAUGCUCUAUUCUCACGGUAAUGCUGCCGAUUUGGGCCAAAUGUUCGAACUUUUCGUCGAAUUGAGCAACAGGCUUCGCCUCAAUGUUAUGGGUUACGAUUACUCUGGGUAUGGACAGUCAACAGGAAAGCCAACUGAAUAUAAUACAUACGCAGAUAUUGAUGCUGCAUAUAAAUGCCUAAAAGAACAAUACGGGGUGAAAGAUGACCAAUUGAUACUGUAUGGUCAAUCUGUUGGGAGUGGUCCCACACUUGAUCUUGCUUCACAGAUACCAGAAUUGAGAGGGGUUGUCUUGCAUAGUCCAAUUUUAUCUGGACUUAGAGUACUAUACCCUGUAAAAAGGACAUACUGGUUUGAUAUUUACAAGAACAUUGAUAAGGUUGGUGCAGUCAAAUGUCCUGUUUUGGUUAUACAUGGGACAGCAGAUGAAGUUGUGGACGUGUCCCAUGGGAAGCAGCUCUGGGAGCUUUGCAAGGUAAAGUACGAACCCUUGUGGGUAAGUGGUGGUGGGCAUUGUAAUCUUGAGCUUUACCCAGAAUUCAUUAAACAUCUAAAGAAAUUUGUACAGACAAUUGGAAAAUCUAAAGCAACUGCAAAUGGUUCUAAAAAGGACACUGUAGAGUCUGAGAAUCAAGGCAAAGCCAGAAAAGAAUCUGAAGGUGGAACAUCUGGUUCUUCUGAAUUGGGUAAGGAAAUCCCUGAAGUUUCUAGAAACAGUUUAGAUAGCCGUCUUGAGAAAUCCAAAAAACCAGACAAACCAGAAAAAUCUCGUAUGAGCACAGACCAUGUUGAUAGGUUUAGGAGAAGAAAGGGUUUAGUUUGGUAGUAGUCUCUUACAGGAACUGUAUCCAGAAUAAUUUAUCUGCUAGUAUUCACUUGGCAGGUAAUCUAAUUUCACUCUUCAGGUAAUGAUGCCACUUUUAAAUGAAUAUAUUGAGUGAGUUUUCUGUUUC